AUGGACGGCGAAUUAUUCAUAAGCUCUGUGGAGCAGGCAGUAUCACUUUCACUUGGUUCUCAGAAAUCCCUUGUGGUCUAUAAUGGGCGAGAGGAAGAUGAUCAUGGAUGGUUGGAAAAAUGGCUAAAGAAUAAUGAUUUAUUGGGCUUGCUUAGGGAUAAGGCAGUUUGGUUAAAAUUGAGACCAGGUAGUGAACAGUUUAAAUAUUUCGAACAACUCUUCCCCUCGGUUGUCGUGCCCAGUGUCUAUGUUAUAAAGCAAGGACAAAUAGCUGCAGUGAUCCAGGGUCCGCAGGCAAGUGCAAACCAAUUAGCAGGUGCAUUGGGAGUUUCACUUGGUGGUAAUGGUGAUGAUACAGGCCGUUCUAGCAGUGCUAGCGGUGCUGGCGGUGCUGGCGGUGCUAGUGGCGCAAACAGUGUUAACAGUGUUAACACUCCUAGUAAUGGCAAUUCUACUGCCAACAAAAGCUUUAAGGAUGAAGUAGCAGAAACCACACAGAGGAAACAUUUGGAAGAGGUCAAAAGACAGAAACAGAUGGCGAGGGAGGAAAGGGAAAGAAUUUUGCAAUUGGUCCAAGCUGAUAGAGCUGAAAGAAAGGCGAUGGAGUUCCACUCUGAUCGUAAUGACGAUGUUCAUGAUAAUAUUAAGGAUCUAAAUAGGCUGCAUGCCAAGACGUGCGUUCUCAUGAUAAGAUUGACUAACAGUAGUACUUUGACUGGUCACUUCGAUUCUAAGGAAACAUUAAACAACGUAAGGAAAUGGGUUGAUGACCAUAGAACUGAUGGGGAUUGUCUCUAUGCAUUUCACAGGAACAUUCCUAGAGUAACCUUUACAGAUUCAGAAGAGUUGAAAAGUUUAGGGGAUUUACAACUGUUGCCACGAUCAGUCCUCAUAUUAAAACCCUUGGAAAAUUCUUAUACCAAUGUAGCGGAAGCGAAGGGACCGGGACUCUUGGGUAAGGUUUUCACUGGUCUUUCUAGUUGGUUGAGUCGCGGUGGUGGCGGUGAUAGUGGUGAUACGAGAAACGCUGACGGCCCUGGAAGCGCUAGUAACAGCAAUAAGAGCGUUAAUCAUUCAGCUAAGCAAGAUCCAAGGCCUGAAAAUGCGGAGGAAAGAGAUAUCACUGGUCAUAGUGGAAUCGAAACUUCACCACAUGCAUCUUUUUCCAACAACGAGGAAUUGACCAUUGAUUCACCAGUUUCUUCUAGAUUCGAAUCACCAGUACCUCAUGCAACGGAUCAUCACGUCAUAUCAACGUCCAAUCCGUCUGAUUUAAACCUUCCGUCGAGAUGUGUCACGCCAAAUGUUUAUCAAUUUAUCAAUAAAGAUGAUGAUGAGAAGGAAAAAUCCACUUAUAAUGGGAAUACAAUCAAUUUAGAAAAAAAGGAUGAUGAUUAG